CACCGAUUAAAAACAUGGCUCGUUGGCAAAUCAAAAACAUGAUUUCUAAGCAACGAUAUCAAAUUACGAGUACCUAAUUUUCAAGUGAAUUUUCCAAGAAACUCCACAAAUUUUACUUCAUCAUGAAGUACAUAGGUAAGGUACCACUGUUUCUACCCACGCAAACCAGAAGUAAUGACAUUUUCAACAGGUGUCUUCCUUAUCGUAUAGGUUAUUUAAUCCCAUAAAGUUAACACGAUCAUACUGAGAAAAAUCUCACACAUUGCCUCAGAACUUUGUGCAUUCUGGACAUAUUAUUUUUCGUUACAACUCGAAUUGAAAUGAAAUUUGUCGUCAUGAAAUCAGUGUUAGUGUUGGUUUAUGGUUUGGUGUUUUUUGAAAGUUUUGCUUUUGAGGAUCUCAAUUCAACUGAUGAUAACCGUAUUGUUGGUGUCAGUGAAAAAAAUCUCGAGGAAUACAUGACCAAAGUUUUCAAUGGAUUCAAAAAUGUAAUACUGAAAGGAGACGAGGAAAUGAACUAUCCCAUUAUGGAGCCUUACAAAUUGGAAGAUUUUUCUUGGGAUUGGAGCGAUACAUCAGGCAGUAACAAAUACAGUAUGAAAUUUCUCAGCGUGAACCAACCUGUUGUAAAAGGACUCUCCAAUUGCCAAAUAAGAAGUAUGCAAGUUAGUGCUAAAGAUAUGACAUUGGCUUUCGAUAUUGGUUUCUCCGAUCUUCAAAUCGAAAUUCCUUACAAACUGGAUGGGUAUUUGUUGAAAGGCUUUAUGCCCGUGUAUGGUGAAGGUGUUCUCAAGCUUUCUUCUCCUGAUAAAGAGUUUUAUAUUAUAAUUGAUUUGGAUAUGGAGAAAGGAUUCAUCAUGGUUGAGAAUUUUCGUCUUAUUUCAUACUCGUACUAUGACGAGAUAAACGUCAAGGUUACUGGUCUUAUGGAUCUACCUGAUAAGUUCGCUAGCUAUGUUCUGGAUGACAUCCUCGGCUCUUCUAAAGUAGAAACAGAAGGUCUCAAGGCACUGGAGAAUAUCAUGCUUGAUCGUAUUGAAGCAACUAUUGGUGGAAUGACCAUGGAUGAGUUAUUUGAUUACCUUGGUCAUUUUGAAAGAAAAAUCCAGUGAAAAGUGAAUUUUGUAUUACGAUGUUGGUUUGAAAACAAUAUUAAUGAAACACAAGCAAUUUGUUUUUAAGCUCUUGUAUUACAGGUUACAAGUUUCUUGUUAGAAUAAUUUAAAUUUUGAUGGAAUGUUGAUUUUGUUUCAUUAAAAAAUGAGGAAAUUCUACAAUUUCCUGAGUUUGCAAUCUUCCUACUAAGUCCAGCUUUCUUCAGAUUCUCAAUAAAGUUUUGAAACUUUCCAGGA